UCGAUGACAACAAACAGCUGUUCUGCUUGGGCUUAUAUAUUAAUGUACGCUUCUAUGUAAAUAGAUAUGUAAAUACAAAAUUAAUGCAAACAAAAGCGCAUUAUUAAUGAUUUUUUGGAAUAGACAAACAUUAAUUUUAUCACAAUGAAAAUCAACGAAAAGAACCUGUGCGUCUUUGCCCGAUCGCCGCCGUUCGACAUGGAAGGUUUUCUCAACAAACGCGGCGUAGUCAACAAGUCAUUUCAAAGACGCUAUUUUGUGCUCAAAGGCAAUUUGCUGUUCUAUUUCGAGACGCGACUGGACAAGGAGCCAUUGGGCUUAAUUGUCGUCGAGGGAUGCACAAUUGAGCUCUCCCUGGAAUCGGAUGUGGACAACUAUUGCUUCGAGAUCGCCUUCAAUGGGAAUCGCACCUAUAUCCUGGCUGCCGACACCCACGACAGCAUGGAGGCGUGGAUGAAGGCGCUGACUUGCGCCGGCUACGAAUACAAGCGGAUUAUUGUCGCGGAGCUGCAGCGACAGCUCCAGGAGAUCGAGGACUCCAGGAACAAGAUGCGCACUGAUCCGACGGAUGCACUGGUGGAUAAGCCACGUCCGCCACCCCGGCGUCAGAAUCCUUUUAAUCGUCCUGCGCCACCGCCACCUGAUUGUGCCCCGGGGUUGCGCAACGGUGUCAUCAUGUCGCCCAUGCCUUUUGUGGCAGGCUACUUUGGCUCCAGCAACGCUAAAGCGCAACUGCAGCAGGAGCGAUCCUACUCAGGCAAUAACAACACAAGUCCGCAAACAACGCCCAAAAUGCAGAGACGUCCACAACAACCACAGCCUCAGUCGCAGCCUCAGCCUCAGCCAGGAGCAGCGCACGCGAUCUUCUACAGUGAUACACCGAUAGCAGCAACCAGAGUAUUAGCGAUCAGCAACAACAACAACAGCAACGAUAAGAAAAAAAGGCCAAAUGCCUCGGAGGAGUUUAAAAUCAAUCACGAACUCCAUCGGAAAAUCAUUAUGACAGAUAUCGAAGCUUAUCGCCAGGGUCAAAAACAACCUUUAAUACAAUUCUAAGUGAACCUAUAUUUUUAUUGUAUCUGUUCACUUUGUGCUAAAUGAAAUUUAAAUCUAUUUAUAUUUAUGUUCGAUUUCCAAUAAUGUUACAAAUAUACACGAAAGACCCUUUAAGCUAUA